AUGCAACUGAAAAAUUUGGUAAUUGCUGCUGCACUAGCCGCAAGUGCCGAUGCUUGGUCCCCUACUAAUAGUUACGUUCCUGCAAAUGUUUCCUGUGCUGAUGACAUCAAAUUAAUUAGAGAAGCUUCGAAGACUUUGUCUGAUAAUGAAACCUCAUGGUUACAGAAGCGUGACCCUAUUGCUUCAGAGGCCUUGUUAGCAUUUGUCCAACGAGCAAUGGCUAAUAUCUCAUCUGCAGAUGAUUUGGCUGAACGAAUCUUUUCAAACUCUUCUACUGCUCCAAAAAUUGGUAUUGCUGCCUCCGGUGGUGGUUACCGUGCAAUGUUAAGCGGUGCAGGUAUGAUUGCUGCCAUGGAUAAUAGAACUGUCGGUGCUAACGAACAUGGUCUUGGUGGUUUGUUGCAAGGUUCUACAUAUUUGGCCGGUCUUUCUGGUGGUAACUGGAUGACAGGUACCCUUGCUUGGAAUAAUUGGACCUCUGUUCAAGAUAUCUUGAACGGAUUUUAUAAUGAUUCGGAUACUCAAAUCUGGGAUCUAGACCAUUCCGUCGUUACUCCAGGUGGUAUUAACGUCUUUAAGACAGGUUCCAGAUGGGAUCACAUCUCCGAUGCUGUUCAAGCAAAACAAGAUGCAGGUUUCAAUAUCUCGCUUGCCGAUGUCUGGGGUCGUGCCUUGGCUUAUAACUUUUUCCCAUCUUUGUAUAGAGGUGGUGUCGGUUACACUUGGUCCACUCUAAGAGAUACAGAUGUCUUUAAGAAUGGUGAAAUGCCUUUCCCAAUCUCCGUCGCCGACGGUAGAUAUCCAGGGACUACUGUUAUCAAUUUGAAUGCGACUGUCUUUGAAUUCAACCCAUUUGAAAUGGGUUCUUGGGAUCCAACUCUAAACAGUUUCGCUGACGUCAAGUAUCUAGGUACCAACGUUUCUAACGGUUCUCCAGUGAAUCAAGGUAAAUGUAUUGCUGGUUUUGAUAACACAGGUUUCGUCAUGGGUACUUCUUCAACUUUGUUUAACCAGUUUUUGCUACAACUGAAUACAACAAGUUUACCAUCUUUCAUUCAAUCAUUGGCUAAACAUUUCUUAAACGAUUUAUCAGAUGAUUAUAAUGAUAUUGCUAUCUAUGCCCCAAAUCCAUUUAGGGACGCUGAUACUAUUGCAUCCAACUAUUCUCAAAGUAUUGCUGAAUCGGAAUACUUGUUCUUGGUUGAUGGUGGUGAAGAUCUCGAAAACAUCCCAUUGGUUCCUUUAAUUCAGAAACAAAGAGACCUAGAUGUUGUCUUUGCUCUAGAUAACUCUGCUGACACUAACUCUUCAUGGCCUGAUGGUACCUCUUUGGUAAGCACUUACCAAAGACAAUUCGGUUUACAAGGUAAUGGUAUGGCUUUCCCAUAUGUUCCAGAUGAAAACACUUUUGUUAACUUAGGUCUAAACACUAAGCCAACUUUCUUUGGUUGUGAUGCUUCAAAUAUGACCGAUCUAGAUUACAUCCCACCUUUAAUCGUUUACAUUCCAAACUCUUACCAUUCUUACCAAGGUAAUCAAAGUACUUUCAAAUUAUCUUACUCUACAGAUGAAAGAAUUGGUGUUAUUCAAAACGGUUUCGAAUCCGCCACUAGAGGUAACUUGACUGAUGACAGUGACUACAUUGGUUGUAUUGGUUGUGCAAUCUUAAGACGUAAGCAACAAUCCUUGAAUGCCACCUUACCAUCUGAAUGUGAGCAAUGUUUCACCAACUACUGUUGGAAUGGUACUAUUGCCAGUGCUUCAGUUAAUGGUUCUGAUGCAAAGGCUACAACCACUGACAUUGCUGCUGCUACUGCCGAAGGUGUUGAUUCAUCUGCAACCGGUAGUUCCACAAGUGUCUCUGGUACUGUUUCUCAUACUUCUUCUACAAAGACCUCCAAGACUAAAUCAUCCAAGUCUAAGAAUGCUGCUAAUAUAUUAAACGCUCAAAACAUUGGUCUAUUCUCAUUAAUUUCUGCUUUGAUGAACUUCUUAUAA